AUGGCGACUACCGAGUUCAACCGGAACGUCCUCGAGUUCUACGGCCUCGAAACCGAGUUCCCCACUGAGUGGCCAGUCGAGAAGGACAACAGUGAAGCAUCCGACAGCGAGGACGAACAGAGGAGACAGAAGCUCCAGAGGAGGAAAUCCCGCUACCAAGCUCUCGAACGUGCCGUGAGCACCAGGUCCAGCAUAAUAGCUGGCGACAAGUCCGGCAGCGGCCUGCUCAGUCGCGACGAACCAGACCCGCUCGGUGGCAGUGACAGUGUGAUCAGGUCCCUGAUACAGUUUGGCGUCCCCGUCAAGGAAGAUAGUCGAUUGCGUACCAAGUUCCUGCUCUCCUCGACCAACUUCUCGCCGUCUCUCUUCCUGUCACAACUGCAUGCUUUCGACGACACAAGAGCCCUCGAGACCGGUCUCGACAACCUAUCGCAGUCCAUCGACCAGAAAUCCGCCUCCCUCAAAGUCCUGGUCGAAUCAAACUUUGAGCGUUUCGUCAAAGCCAAGGCCACCAUCGACAAUGUCUACAAGGAAAUGAAGUACAGGGGCGCAGAGCCCCCGCCAUCCCCCUCCAGAGCCCGCGCCCAUUCCAGACAUGCAAGCAGAAGCAGUUUCAGAAACAGCAGUGGUGGUGCAGCACUUGGCGCAAGCCCUCUAGUCUCUCCCCCGCCAUUGUCACCCGGCGCAGAUGCCAGGAAGAAGAAUGCUCUCAUCAAGGAGAGCGACUACGGUGUGGCUGGCAUCAAGGCGCCGCUUCUUGAUGUAUCGGCAAAGGCUGAAGAUGUGUGGGGCCCUGCCCUUGGCGGCAGGGAAAAGGAAGAAAGCCUGAGGACAAUCCAGACAUCCCUCGACAGGUACAAGGACUACAUCGAGGCCAGCUCCAACAUCGCCGACAGCAUAAAGCGCAAGGACUAUGAGACGCUGAUAGACGAGUUUGCGCGCGCUCGAAGGAUUGCCGACGAUGCAAGGAAGCUCGUUCAGGAGUUGGGCUCGACCACCCCUAGCGAGAGUCAAACUUAUCAAAUCCUCGUGGCUGCGAGAAUGUGGCAUGAUGUGGACGAGCAGAUACAGCUCUUCAAGCGUGACAUAUGGAAGAAGUUGAUAUCAUCCCAUACUGCCUCAAAGGCAGAAAGUAGCACCGGACGAGCACAGGAUCAGCACAUGGAGCUAAUAGGCCUGCUUCUUGAACUUGGAGUCGAAGACAACCCCAUCUGGGUAUGGCUACUUAGCCGAUAUGACUACCUCAAGGGCAAGAUAGCGUCAAUGGCCGACCGAGCAAAAGUUGAAAUCGAGGUUUUGAGGCGGCGAUUAGCCCAUGGAGACAAACCAGCACCACAGACGGUGGCCUCUCACUUGAAAGUACUGGCUCGUCAAUCAGUGGAUGGCAAAAUAAAUGGCAUUGACUCAGCAGAUGUCACCGAGCUUUGGGAAAAGAUGCUGACAUUCUUGACGACGCUUCUUUCGACUCAGGGAGUCCUUGGAGAAGUUUUAGAAUUCUGGCAGACUGUCGAGGGGUUCAUUGACGGAAAGACACAAAAGACUUUACCUCUGGGAUAUAACGCAGAGUCUCGUGAGCAUCAUCGUCUGUCUCAACAGGGUACGAUUGACUUGCGUAAGGGCACUGUCGAGCUGGUCGACAUGAUCCGACAACAUGUGCUUGAGUUCUUCGCAGGCGCUCCUCCCGAGGAUAUCUCACUUCUCUUCUCACCGUUGCCACCAUCACCAGGCACCCCGCUGUCGGCAUCUCUAACGCCCACAGCGUUGAGAGAUCCUCGGUUCAACUUCGAUUCGAAAAAUUUGCCUCCUCCAUCGCCAAAGCGUGGGGAGGCUUACGAGAAGUUUGCCUUUUGGCCACCGAACUCAAAUUCGGUCAGCGGCGUCCAUUAUUUGUCCAAGAUGUUGGCCCUAGUCGGUGCUGGAGCGGCUGACAUGGCACGUAUCGGACCAGUUGGUCAAGGCGAUGCAAAGCAAUUCGACUUGCUGAAGACUUUGGUUACCGCAGCUCGUGAGAGAUGUGUAAACGCUAUAUGUGGUGCUUGGAACAAGGAUGCCGAAAACAUCAAAUAUGUGGAGGACUGGCAGAGGUCGAGGGAUACGGGCGAUGUGACACGUAUGCCAGCAACAUUUGCAGGUUUUGAGGGCGCCCUCCUCGGCGGCAUGCAAAAGAUCCUGUACAUUCCCGAGGCUAUGGCCAAGCCGGGCGCAGAGGACAUUGUUCAACCUCCGCCAACAAAGCUCUUACAAAUGGUCCGCAGCCAGUAUGUCACCACUCUGUAUAAGGCACUGAGUGGGAUGGUGGAGAACGCGGAGCGAUCUGUCCAGAAAGCGGAAGACGACUGGACAACAGAUAUAGAUGUUCCUGCUGCGGAAGGUGCAGACAACAGGGCAUCCUAUGAUAUCGGGAUGAAGGGCGUCGACGCUGGUGAUCGCAACCUCCGCAUGCUCCUCACCCUGAGCAAUCUAGCGGCGCUCCGAAACAAGGUCGUGCCGAGCCUCAACAUGCAGUUUGAGAACGCCUUCUCCGUCGCUCUCACCGACGAAGCUAAGACCAUCCGUGACACCCUCUCGCAGAUUGACGCCCGCCUCUUUCAGACCUAUACGAAACCCUCGGUGCAAAAUGUCCGCCAAAUCAUUCGAAAUGGUCUUUCCGAUCCGACUUGGGGUGCCACACCAAAACCAACUGAAGUCAAACCUUACAUUUACGAUGCUCUGCUCUCUCUCGUGCUCGUGCAUACUCAAGUUUCGACCACAGCGCCCAGUUUAACACCACAGGUCCUCUCCUUCCUUCUCGAGGCCACUUCCAGGGAGCUGCUUGAAGCUUUCAAACUGCGUUCCCGCUACGACAUCGGCGCUCUUAUGCAAGCCACUCUGGAUGUGGAAUUCGUUGCGCAGACGUUGACACAAUAUACGACGGAGCGUGCUGGGCAGACACAGUCGGAGAUCUAUAGCAUGCUUGACAGUCGUACUGAUGACGCUACAAGAGCCGCUCUGCAAAAUGAACUUCCCGGAAUGCGCGAUGUGCUGAAAAAGCUGCGCGAGCUGUCAAAGAACGAGUUUGGCUGCUUCAAGAAGCCGAGACGGCAGCAGAGCGGUCAAGGCGGACCAGGAGGCUUGGAGCGCACACAGACGGGAUAG